GGUGUGUUGAUGACGUAACACGGGGCAUUUCCCGUAUAGUAACCUUUCCUGUCUGCCUGGUGCUGCUGGUGCUGGUGCGCCUCCUGUCUUGAGAGAGAGGUGAAGAAGAGUUUACUUCCCAGAGUACAAGGUUUGGUUUCGGUGUGUUCGUGUGGAGUAAAAGGGGUUUUAUCGAGGCAGAAAGCCCAUUAUCACGGAGCCAAGAUGCUGAACAUGUGGAAGGUCAGAGAGCUGGUGGACAAAGCAACCAAUGUGGUGAUGAACUACUCAGAGGUGGAGUCAAAAGUCAGAGAGGCCACCAAUGACGACGCCUGGGGACCAUCAGGACAGCUGAUGAGUGAAAUCUCUAGAGCCACCUUCAUGUAUGAGCAGUUCCCAGAGGUGAUGAACAUGCUGUGGGCCCGCAUGCUGAGGGACAACAAGAAGAACUGGCGGCGAGUCUACAAGUCGCUGCUACUGCUGGCCCAUCUAAUCAGGAAUGGAUCAGAGAGAGUUGUUACCAGUACCAGAGAACAUCUGUACGACCUGAGAUCAUUAGAAAGCUACCACUUUGUAGAUGAGAACGGGAAGGACCAAGGUGUGAAUGUUCGUCAGAAGGUGAAGGAGAUGGUGGAUUUUGCCCAGGAUGAUGAACGGCUUAGGGAAGAAAGGAAAAAGUCCAAGAAGAACAAAGACAAAUACAUCGGGGUGUCCUCAGACAGUAUGGGAUACCGAGGAUACUCGGGGGACAGGUACGAUUCCGGUGAAAGCCGAGGAAAGUGGGACGACGACUGGGAAAGGAAUAAAGGGCAGUUCCCCUUCAGCGAGAAAUUUGGAGAGAUCAGCGACAAAAUUGGCAGCACCAUAGACGAUACCAUAAGCAGAUUUAGGAAGAAGGAUCGAGACGACUCGCCAGAUCGAUUUAGUGACGAGGAGGACCGGGGACGAGGACGAGGAGACGAGCGGUCGUCUCACAAUGGCCAAUCAGGAAAAGAAUUCAAAGAUGAAGAAGAGACCGUAACUACCAAGAGUGUAAGCAUAGUCCAAUCGACAGAGACCACAGCAACACGGAAGAGAGGAGUCCCGUCUAAGAAAGUAGACUUGGGCGCCGCCGCCAACUACAUAGGAGAUAAGAGCCCAGACACCACCGCCAAACUGCCUGCAGCCCCCCAGCCCUCCAGUAGCGCCUUAGCUGACCUACUAAUGGUGGACACGACACCGAGCCAGCCUGCUGCCACAGACCUGAUGAGUGGAUUUGCUGACUUCUCCUCACCUGGUGCCUCCGUCGGCCUCUCCUCAGUAUCUGCAGCACCUUCCUCGAGCAGCAACGGAGAGUUUGGAGAGUGGAAUGCCUUCCCUGGAGGUCAGAUGCCAGCAUCUGCUCAGACUGUUGACACCGGUGGAAAUGACCUUUUCCGAGCCAUGACAGGUCCUGUCGCUGCCCCCGCCCCUGCCCCAGUCUCAUCUCCAGGCACCGGUCCUGCCUCAGCAGACCUGUUUGACUUGAUGGGGCCGACUCAGUCCCUCACCUCCUCCCAGAGCCUCAACUUUAGCAUGACCAGCACACAGAGCAUGAGCACCACAGUCCUGCCACAGUCUAGGUCACAGCCCCUACAGAGCAUGGGGGGUCCUCUACAACCGCAGUCUCUCCAGACGCUCCAGCCUGUGCAGCAGGGAGUGGCCUGUCAAGGUGCUGGAGCCAAAGCAGCAGUCCCUUCCACCUGGUCAGACUCCUCAGUUAACAUCAGCCUGGACUUCAUGGGCCCAGGCAUGCACCCACCCAAGCAAAACCAGCCCACCCUCAACACCCUCCAGCACGGCCACCAGGUACCUGCCAACAUGCUCUCCCAGGGAUUCUCCGGUAUGAGCCUUGGAACUACAACAGUCAGAGCGCCUGUAAAUCCUAUGAUGCACCCUGGUGCUGGCAUGGGAAUGGGAAUGGGAAUGGGCAUGGGAAUGGGGAUGGCCCCCAACCCAGGCAUGAUGGCUAUGGGCAUGAACAUGGGGAUGCCACAGGGAGGUAUGACCAUGGGGAUGCCCAAUAUGGGGGUGGGGAUGGGAAUGGGGAUGAACCCUGGAAUGGUCCAACAGCCCAAACAUGAUGCCUUUGCUGACUUCGGCAACUUUGGAAAGUGAUGGAGCUGGAGAGCAAAGAUUAUUUGGUGGAGUGGUGGUCUCUCUCUCUCUCUCGCUGUCUCUCUCUCUCUCUCUCUCUCUCUCUCGCUCUCUCGCUCUCUCGCUCUCUCUCUCUUUCUCUCCCCGUCCAUUGGUGAAGGAUUGUUACGAGCUGCAAACAAAGAGUACUUGAAUAAUGUCAACUAUCACAAUACCAACACCCUGCAAUCUCCUCUUUUUUUGUUUUUUUUAAAGAAAUGCUGUGUAGUGAUAUUGAUCUAAAUGAAUGUGUGUUUGGUCUCGGGUGAUGGUCAGACACACUGACGAUAGUGUGCCUUGUUGGUUAUGAGUAUGAGAAGGAAGAGUGUGCCACCAAGAGAAUGUCAGGGGGGGAGGGGAUCUGCUUUAUAACCUCAAUCAAGUGAAAUCACCAGAAUAGCAAAAAAUAUAUCAGUAGCUGCAUAAUUUUUUUUGAGAUGCGUCUCAGUAACGUUACUGAAUGAUACGUUUUGAAUAACAUGAUCAGCCAUUUUAACUUUCUAAUGUACAUUUAAGAAUGUCAGGUUACCUCUCGCUUUGUCAUUGCUCUUCCUUUGACGUGUAAAUAGAAAAUCUGGAGCCCUCGCAAAUAAGUUAUGAAGUUCCUAAUAUGAGAGGCAGUGACAGUGUGAAGAGUUGUAUCAUAUCAUAUACAGACCAAAUCUGAUAUGAAUCGAGACCCAUAACGAAGCACAUUGACACCUUCUCUUUGUACAUAUAAACGUCCACACGCUCCAGAUGUGGCGGUUAAAGUCAUGAAUGAGUGUUUGGAGUGAAGGCUAUUGAUUUAAUUUAAGGAGUUUCUCCUUCCAACAGACCAUCAUUUUGUGGCCUUUCUUAUUGCUAUAUAAUAUAUCUAUAUAUUUUACUUAUGAAGAAUAUUAUAAUCAGUUUGCAUCCAAAUGAGAUAAUCAGUAGGUAUGAAAAAUAAAAAAGCCUCUUACGGGGGUUUGUGGGUUCUUCAUUACAGCACAGAGUGCCUGAAAGACCUUUGCCUUUUCUCUUCAGUUAACCUCUGUGAAGGAAACAAUGUGACUGUGCAGUGUUGAGGACGGCUACCAGAACGGAGCUUCUGUACUACGUACAAACAUCUGUGUUUGUACUAACGCCUCAAGCCAAGCGUACUGUCUGUACAGAUAUCCGAUGCAAUCGUAUCAUUAUUUCACUCUGUUUUGUUUGUCCCAUUCCACUAUAUUCAGGUCAGCGAUAAAUUCAGAGCUUAAAAAAAAACACCCAAGAUGAGAAUCUAUUGAGCUCAAGUGUUGAUACAGACUGUUAUUAAGGUUGCAUCAUCUGUUAAAUGGUCACCAGUGCAUCUCGGGGAAAAGCUGCCCUCUCAUCUUCCAUCUUUAUUCAUGUUACACAUUAAAAAAACAGCAAUCUUGGAAACCGUGUUGCUGCAGUCGUCGUCGUCGUCAUCCGUAAGAGUCUGCAUGUUUCGCAACCUAUCAGGAAGAUUGUGAGCUUAUACCAGCUGGGAUGCAUUUUUGUACACACCCAGUACAUUACGGUGGUUUGGAUGAAGAUGCGUUAACGCAUAAUGAACAAUCCCAUUCAGCUGUACGCCAGCUAACCGAUCUGUUAGACGUACAAGACAUUGCUCUUCAGUGGUUCAAGUGCCUGCCGGUGGUUGCCUCCUGACCCUUUGUAAUGAGUGAUAAGUAAACCUCGGCUGCCAGACAUUUUUUGGUAUGUCAACGAUUAGAUAAAUAAUUCACUGACCAGAGGAGAAGGCGGUGGAUUGUGCAGCCCCCCCUCGAGAGGAUCUGAAGUUGUGCUUUUCCUCCUCUUCCCAAGGGCUCAAGAGGCCGAGCACACUAACACAUAGUAGCCUUGCGUCUGAGCAUUAAAAUGACCAAAAUCUGUUUUGCUGUUUUUUCUAAAAAAAAAAAUAUAUAUAUCAGUAGAGGUUGUUUUAUUCAUUUUUGUUUUCUACUUCAAUUGAUUUUGAUCUUCUCUAAAAUGGGAUUGUUACUGAAACACUAGCAUAUGCAAAUGUAAACAACAAAAAAAAAUCCUUUGAGAAAAUGAAAUUGUUUGCAUUGUUCCCAUUUUGAUUUGAUUUACACAUCGAUUCUUUAUCUACAACAUUAAACAGUUGAUUGAGAUUU